AACGAUACACCGUACACUCGUCGUGCUUGACUGCUGAAAAGCUCAAUCAGACCAUCUCAAACAUUAAACCAUGCAUGAAAUAUAUUCAAAGGUAUUUGAUAGCCGUUGCAUUCCAGAGUAAGAAGUCGCCAUAUUGACACGCCGGUGAGGAAAGCAUCUCUCCAGUAUUGAUUCACGAUGUCUGCGGAAGGUCAGGUUGAAGAGGAGGAGUACACGCCCCCUGGUGUUGAAGAAUAUUCUAAGUACUGGGCAGAAGAUAAAGUCUUUAUCAAAGAGGCAAAUGAGUGUUUGUUACAAUACCAAGACAAACUUCUAGGGGAUGGAAAACGCAAGGUGUUCAUCCCACUUUGCGGAAGGGCUGCUGAAUUGAAAUACUUGGCUGAAUUGGGACAUGAGGUUGUUGGCUUGGAAUUCGCGGAGAUCGCCAUACACCAGUUUUUUGAAACGUUUGGCAUCAGUUAUGAAACUAAGCCCAUGGAGGAGCCUCUUGGAACUUUAUACACAUGUACCAGCGACAACAUGACUAUUCGUAUUUAUUGCUGUGAUUUCUUUAAGUUUGGGCCGCAUGUGGAGGGGGAGUUCCAGGCCGUUUGGGAUGCUGGCUCGUUGUAUUCCUUACCGAUGUCACAGAGGGAAGAUUAUACCAGAGUAAUCAAGUCAAUACUGGCGCCUACCAGCAGGACUCUGGUGAUGGCCGAUGUUCCUUCGUUGAGCGAUGAAGUCACGUCCAGCGAUCUCCAGCGGUGGUAUGGGGAGAGGUUCGCUGUCGAGUAUCUGGGCUACACCAAAACUCAGAGAAAGGAUUACGAACAAUUUGGCUUAGAGGGUUUUAAUAUGUUCUAUAUUUCCUCUGAUGACGUGGCAUGACGGACCCAGCCAAGUUUUACCGCUAUCAUAGCCAGCAUCAUUUUAAUAUUGUUAGUCAAUGACUAUAAUAUAGCAUUAGAUGGAUCAGACGUUUGUCCCAACUUCUCAAGUAUAUCAUUGUAUGUAUUAAAACUUCAGUAAAUAUCAAAGUCUU